GCUGAGCCCGCCGCCCGCCCGCCCGCUCGCCCGCCGGCCCGCCGGCCCGCCGGCCCAGCCAUGGCGAAGCAGUACGAUGUGCUGUUCCGGUUGCUGCUGAUCGGGGACUCCGGGGUAGGCAAGACCUGCCUGCUGUGUCGCUUCACCGACAACGAGUUCCACUCCUCGCACAUCUCCACCAUCGGUGUUGACUUUAAGAUGAAGACCAUAGAGGUAGAUGGCAUCAAAGUACGGAUACAGAUUUGGGACACAGCGGGGCAGGAGAGAUAUCAGACCAUCACAAAGCAGUACUAUCGACGGGCCCAGGGUAUAUUUUUAGUCUACGACAUUAGCAGCGAGCGCUCUUACCAGCACAUCAUGAAGUGGGUCAGUGAUGUGGAUGAGUAUGCACCAGAAGGUGUCCAGAAGAUCCUUAUAGGGAAUAAGGCUGAUGAAGAGCAGAAACGGCAGGUGGGAAGAGAGCAAGGGCAGCAGCUGGCUAAAGAGUACGGCAUGGACUUCUAUGAAACAAGUGCCUGCACCAACCUCAACAUUAAAGAGUCCUUCACGCGCCUGACCGAGCUGGUGCUGCAGGCCCACAGGAAGGAGCUGGAAGGUCUGCGGACACCCGCCAGCAAUGAGUUGGCCCUGGCGGAGAUGGAGGAGGAUGAGGGCAAACCUGAGGGCCCGGAGAACUCUUCAAAAACCUGCUGGUGCUGAGCAUCUUGCGUGGAGCGCCCCGCACAGUCCUCUCUCCCCGCAGGAGGGCUGCGGGCACACAGGGAGCCUGGGCUUUGCCCUGCUUCUCUUCUCCUUCGGGUGACCCUGUGGAAUCUCGGCCACUGCUCCUCCCCCUGCCUGGCUCCGGGGAGCAGCUCCUCUGUCCUGUCCGAGCAGCCUCGCCCCCCUCCCCCACCCUCCCCCCGGGAUGGCCCCCUCCAGCCUGUUUCCCCAGCCACAGGCCUGCUUCAAGCCCCUGAUGUGCUAUGAGCACUGCCUCACUACCCUGAGGUCCCAGACGAUGGCCCAGUCUGGAGUCAAGGCCACUGGAGGUUCCUUCUCUAUCAGUGCAUCUGGUCUCCUCUCCACUUCUCCUCGCUUCUUCCCACCUUUCUGUCCCUUCCCCUCAGCUGUGUUCCUAUCAAAGCCCUCCCCCCGCCCCCCCCACGUGUCCUGUGUGGCUGCUGGUACAGCACCUUUCAAUUCCUCCCUCUUUGCCGGGCCGAGGGAGUGGACUCAGGCUCAGGGGCAUGUUCCCUGCUCUGCUCUGGGAGAAGCCCCACCCCGCUUUGUGGGAAAUUCUUCCGGUCCUCUCCUCCCCGCCGCCCCUUCAUGUGCCAUGGGCCUGCCUCCCUGGUGACUGGGGAAAGAGGAACGGCAAGAGAGGAAGGAAAGCCCAAACUGGUGGUCCCCACGCCUGGGGUUGUCCUACACCCCACCCCCACCCCGCCCCAUCCCCAGCUUCCGCUGCACUUGGCUGCCUGCCCUCCUGCCUCUUGGGGGAACUGAGUUUCAGAGAAGAAAAAAAAUGAUGAGGGGUGGCAGGGAUAAGAAGUAACCUCAAUUCUCUACCUGCCCUGCAGUACAUACACUAUUUCUCCCUGACCCCGGCCUCCCGAAUUUAAAGAUGUGGACCAAGGCCUGAGGGCACUGCAGGGGCAUGGAGAGCCCUGGGGCCAACCACACACUCCAGGAAGGGGAGGUGUUUGGAAAUGAAGGACCAGCUCCUAAGUAUCAAGUUAAGAGCCAGGACAGCAGUUUGCAAAGCAGAGGGGAAUUCGGCAGCAGCAGAGAUUCCUGGGCCCCAUCUUCCAUUUCUUAUGUAAGAAGGGCACUUCCCCACCGCCCCAGCAGGUGAGAGGUGACAGAACCACGCUGGUGUUCUUUCACCGAGCCCAGCCUUCUGCUCUCAAGGCUUUCCUGAGACCCAGAGUUUGUGGGAGAAGGGCAGGGGGCUCACAGGCAGAAAGCAGGCGAGCCCUGGGUAGGAAUGCUUGGUGCUGUUCCCUUCAGCCUUCAAGACCAAGUGCUCAUCUUGUUCCUCAGCUCCUGAGUCAGAGGCCUGAGGGUUUGCCAACUGCACUGUGGCUACAGGUGGAGGGAAGCGGACUCCCUCCUCCAGGGCCCUUUGUUUCAGGAAGAAGUUUCUUUAACCCCAUACGGUCCAAGAGUCGUUUGCAGGAGGCCCUUUAAGGAGGGAACAAGUCAGUUACCAGCCCUAGUAGGGUUCCUCCCCACCUUCCCAAGAUGGGAGAAGCCUAGGGAGGAGGAUCAGUCUUAAGCUGCAUUGCAUGGCUGGCGCUGGAGUGAAAACAAAACUGGGCAUCGAACAUUCACUAAUUAAAGACUAAAAUCCAGGACACACACAUGUGAAGGGUUAAGAGCCCCACUUCCUUACUCCUCGGAAAAAAUGGGUGGGGGUUGAAAUUGCCAAACCUUUCCUCUGACUCUUAUCAAAUCAGGAGAGGGCAGGAGAGGGUAGCUCAGGAUGAGGGAAUGGGGGAUGGGUUAUUGUAGUGGAAGGAAAAGGAAGGCAGGAAUAGUUAUAAAUCGUCAGCUAAUGAGAAAUGUAAAGAGCUGCCUCUUUAGGACGAAGUCACGACCACAGCUGAGGAUGUUUCCUUGAGAACUAACUCCUCAGCUGUUAAAACAUGCAGCAUCACUCUGGGGUGGGGAGGUCAGCAGUGCCAACCCGCGGUGUGCCCUCAGCCAGGGGCUUGGGGGAGGGGAAGUUAUACUGGCCACUGGCUCCAACCUGUGGUCACUGUUGCUGCUUUCCCUGAAGAUCUGGCCGAGGACCAUUGCCUUUCUCUCCUAGCCCCCCUGGGGAAGAGGGACUAUAUUUUUACUGUACCCUAGGGGUUCUGGAAGGGAAAACUUGGGGUUAGGAUUCUAUGGCCUGAGAAGCCCCAUCCGUAAGGGCCACAGCUGGGGAGAGGUAUGGGGCAGGAGAGGGGUUGGGAUUUUAGGGUGCAGCUAUGCUCAUGAGGUACCAGAGUCAGCCUCUCACCCCUAAACUUCUCCAGUCCCGGACGCAGCCUGGGACCUGGCCUUAGACUGUUGAGCAGGUGCGCCUGCCUGUUGGCUCCACCUUUGCACCUGUUGUCUUGAGGUUCGGCACAGCCCCAGGCUCUCCACCUGCUCCUGAGCCCCAGCAUCUCCCUGUGACGGGUAAACUUCGUGUGCUGUGUCUCGGGUCCAGGAUAUGAAUUGUGAGCAGGGUUCAUCUAUUUUAAACACAGAUGUUUACAAAAUAAAGAAUAUUUCAAGUCA